GUCCCUCGAAGGGCAACCCUCUAAAACUCACUCUCGCUCAUAUCCAUCAUCUACAAUACCCCACUCUCUCUCACUUCACAUUUCUUUGCAACUAUGUCUGCUGACGAUCGUCAUCCCGCCUCCCUCAUUCCUGUUCGACUGCACGAACCCGCCCUGGUGGACCUCAUGCGCCAAAGGAUCAACCUGGACAUGGUCUCACACAUUGCCCAGCAAGCCGUUCGGGUGAUCAACCUUGGUGACGACUCGGAACUGUUCCCGACUCCUCCUCACACGCCGGAAAAGGCGUCCCCGAGUCAGAGCGAACGUUCACUUUCUCCUCGUCUUCCAACCCUAAACGACUUUAUCAUCAUCCUUGUGCACAACUCCAGAGUACAGAUCCCGUCCCUGCUGACCACCCUCAUCUAUCUCGAGCGCCUUCGCAACAAGCUGCCUCGGAUGGCAAAAGGUAUGCCCUGUACUAGGCAUCGUGUCUUUUUGGCCACUCUCAUCGUUGCUUGCAAGUACUUGAACGACUCAGCGCCCAAAAACAAACAUUGGGCGGAGUACGCUGGGAAUAUGUUCGACCCCGCGGAGAUCAACCUCAUGGAGAAACAGCUACUCUUCCUCCUCGACUAUGAUCUGAGAUUCAAUGAACAAGAAGCCAUUGCUCAUUUCUCGCCGUUCAUGCCAAGACUCUCUCCUACAGCCAAGGAAGCUCGUGCUGCUGCAGUCAGCUGCGCUAAGGCUCGUGUCCAGGCAGCGGUCUCCAUGCCACCUACCCCUCCUCAUGAGUCCCUCGAAGUGUCUGCUCCUUCUUCUGCUCCUCUGUCUGGUGUACAGAAUCUUGUCAAACGGUUCUCUUCCACCUACCUUAGCGUCUCAGGCAACGUCUCCGACCGUCCUCGUCCUAUUUCUCGUGCUUCAUCUUCAAGCACCCUGGAUAGUGAGGGUACUAGCGAGGAUUCCGAGUCUGAUUGGACAACCUCCGACAGCGCUGAGUAUUCACCUACGUCGACAGAGGCCUCCUCUAUCUACGAAUGUGAAGUGGAAAUGGACGAUGCCAAGGGCGAAGAUCACCCGCAGCAGAGAAUCUCUAUGCAUCCUGCGUCGAGGCAAGGUCGUAAAGUUUCAACGACUUCGACAUGCACUAUUACCUCGGAUUCGACAAUUGUGAGCGGAGGUUCUGAAGUUCGUCACCCAUCGGUCAAAGGCAAGCUGUCUCCCCGCAUAGGCUUAGGCAGAGGCUCCGGGUUCAGAACCAAUUCUUCCGGUGCUAGCGGUAUCCCUCGCAGCUCUACGUCUAGUCUGGGUACUUCCUCUGCUAGCUUCCUUAGUCGUAUGUGGGGUGCCGCACUCAAAGGCCACUCGCAAGACAAGAAGGACGGUCAAGAGGGAUCCGAACCUCUUGAAAGCUCUGGCACAAGUAGCUCCUUCCGCCGUUUGGCGCACUCGAGGUCUUCUGUUCUUCGCAGUCAACAAAAUAAGGCUAUUGAUGCCUAGGGAUAUGGUGGUUUGAUCAUUACGUUGCAUGAUGCCACUCCUUUCUUUUACGAUCUUUUCUUCUUUCACUG